UGGCAAUAGGCUCUUCCAACCACUGCGGCGGAGGGGCGGGCCGUCUGCGCUGAUUAACCAGUCUGUCACGUCAUUCUAGGCAGUUCGAUCGGUAGCGGGAGCGGAGAGCGGACAGCAGGGAGCUCGAAGGAGGCACCAGCCCCACCGCCGGCCUGAGUUACCAUCAACACCCAGGGGGAAUAAAAGGUCACAGAACGAGCCACCGCCGGCCCGAAGUCAACACCUUUGAAAGCUAAAACAUCCAUUAAUCACCACCAUGAGUAGCGAGGUCGAAACACAGCCGCAACAGCAGCAGCAGCCGCCAGCCGCCUUGGAGAACAAGCCCGCCCAGGAACCGGUGGCCACUGUGGGAGAGAAGAAGGUCAUCGGUAAGUGCUACCCCCCCCCGCAGGGUUUAAUGCCGCCUGAGGGAGGACUGGGGGCUCGCCGCUGCAGCCGUCUGGCUAUCGUCGGACGAUAACUCCCAGAAGGCUGGCAGGGCAUGCUGGGAAUUGUAGUUCGACGACAGCGGACGGCCUUGGUGCUAUGGGACAGCCUGGCUUUAUUUUUAUUUUUAAUACGUCUUAACAAUAUCCGGUGAGGGAGGGGGUGGUAGUGUUGGGUUUUUUUUUUUUUUCUCACUGGGAGGGAGUCGGCUUGCCCGCGUGGCCCUGAGGCGGUUUAACCGUCGGACGUGGGAGCGCGAGAUGCUACGCGUGGCCAACGUUCCAUAUAGCCCUCCUAACCCCCCUCCCAUCUCCGAGGUCCCCGCGUGACGUCACCGCUUCCUAUGUGUGCCUGUCUCCCUCUAUGUAAGGGGGAAUGGGGCCUCAAAAUGUCCGCCGCCUGCGGCCUGCUAUUCCUUACUGCUACAGAGGUCCAUAGCGCAGCUUGUCGGCCUCCAGCCAUGACCUGGGCGGUGUUGGUGCAGUUUAAACACACAGUACCUACUGUCUUGGUGGGUGUCGCCUCAUAGAUCGGGGUUGUCAGGGGGCUGCCCAGGUUGGGGCCUAUAGAGGAAGGUAGACCGGGUUGUGGUUUGGCAGGCGGCCAGCCACGUGGUGGAGCGGUAGUGAUUUCUAGGGAGUGAGUGAUUGCUGCGCUCUGCUUUAUGGUGAAAUCAUUGCUUGUCUCGAUACAAAUACUUCUCUUUAGCUAUUUUUAUUUCUGGGUGUUUUUUUUUUUUUAUUUUUUUAUUUUUUUUUUAGUAUAUCUUUUUGCGUAUUUUUUUUUCCCAUUAGUGCAGAUCACCGGAAGGCUGCAGCCUUAAUCCUGCAAGGCCUGCCUUGGCCUACAACAGCUUUCACGAUCUCCACCAUAAUAAGCAUGCUAAACUCUAUUAACGUUCAGUUUUUAUUUGUUUUACAUUCGCAAAGGAUCAGAAAUGUCUUAUUUUACUAAAGUCUUGAGAUCUGGUCGCCCGAUGCUGCUGUAAUAGUAUGAGGGCUGAUAUUAUAGACUCAUUUCAGUAUUGAUCUCUGGUAUUUUUUUUUAAUUAAAACAAGUUCACUUACUAAACAAUGCAUUGAGAUUGGUUUGCAAUACUUGGCAAAGUAUUAAAUCCAGAAACACUUUGCAAAGUCUAAAUAUUUUGUCUACCUUUUUUCAUUUGGCUACGAUCUUUUUUUUAGAGACAAACCCGCAAAUAUAACUUGACUUUAGUUCUUUAGUUUUGACUUACUAAACGUUAAAAUGAAGCUGGAUUGAAAAAUAAUUAAUCUUGGUGUUUAGCUUACAGGAGACUAGGGAAGUCUACUCUGCAGCUUGUCCAAUUCAGAUCUGCUCAUAUGGAUUAAAAUAAAGUGGCUUCAUGUCUCUCAUAAAUAUCCAAAUAUGAUGGAGUAUGCCAAAUACUGGAACUCAUUGUACCACUGUCCCCAGACUCAAUUACUCUAAAUGCUGAAACUUAUUUAGCACUAAUUAUUCAAUCUUGUGAAAAUGUACAGUGUGGGCUGUUAACCAUGGCUGUCCCGUAUGGUGUUACCAUUUUUCUUAUUCUGUAAACCAUGAAUUAUAGAAAAGUCUAAAUGGCCAAAUGUUUACUAGUCAGUCACAGCAUUACCAUUUUAGCCAUAGCUUUGCCACUUAGUUUUUUAAUGUCACUACAGUUGAGAUUAGCAAAUAACCCUAAAUUUAUUGGGUCAUCAAACUUUUUUUUUUUCUCUUUUCUAGCAACCAAGGUUUUGGGGACUGUCAAAUGGUUUAAUGUGCGAAAUGGAUAUGGCUUUAUUAACAGGUAAGCUGUUUGCCUGGCUGGCUUGGUUGUCUGCUGAAUUAAGUUGGCAUGUUUGCUGAAAGCAUCUUAUCAACAUGCUUUUAUGAAAGUGGCCCUAUACUGCAGAACUGUGCACAGCUUUCUAGGAAGAGUGUGUCUGAAAACUAAACAUAGAAACAUAGAAUGUGAUGGCAGGCAAGAACCAUUCGGCCCAUCUAGUCUGACCAAUUUUCUAAAGACUUUCAUUAGUCCCUAGCCUUAUCUUAUAGUGCUAGCCUUUACUGUGUUAACCUCUACCACUUCAGCUGGAAGGCUAUUCCAUGCAUCCACUACCCUCUCAGUAAAGUAAUACUUCCUGAUAUUAUUUUUAAACCUUUGUCCCUCUAAUUUAAGCCACUCCUCUUGUUGUGGCUUUUCUUUUAGUCUCCUCCUUUACUGUUGAUUCCCUUUAUAUAUUUAAAUGUUGCUAUACAUGUUAAGAUCCUUUAACCCUUCCUGGUAAGUUUUAUCCCUCAAUCCAUGAACCUGUUUAGUAGCCCUUCUCUGAACCCUCUAAGGUAUCAAUAUCCUUCUGGAGAUAGUCUCCAGUACUGCAUACAAUACUCCAAGUGAGGUCUCACCAGUGUUCUGUACAAUGGCAUGAGCACUUCCCUCUUUCUACUGCUAAUACCUCUCCCUAUACAACCAAGCAUUCUGCUAGCAUUUCCUGCUGCUCUAUUACAUUGUCUGCCUACCUUAAGUCAUCAGAAAUAAUCACCCCUAAAUCCCUUUCCUCAGAUGUUGCGGUUCGGACUCUAUCAAAUAUUCUGUACUCUGCCCUUGGGUUUUUACGUCCAAGAUGUAUUAUCUUGCACAUAUCCACAUUAAAUGUCAGUUGCCACAAUUCUGACCAUUUUUCUAGUUUACCUAAAUCAUUUGCCAUUUGGCUUAUCCCUCCUGGAACAUCAACUAACUGGUGUCUAUGCCUCUUUCCCAUUCUGUCAAACUUGCUGUUUUAUUUAAAUUUUGGGUUAAGAGGUGGAGUUUUAAAAUUAGAUUGAUACUUUAAUCUGUGUUAACAGCAUUGUUGCACCACUAUUUUAGUGAGCUCAAUGGAAGACCUCUAUAAUGCAUUGUUUUAUAGUUGGGAGUGAAGCUUGACAUUUUAAAGUAAUGUUGCAUUUGGCCUUAAUUGUUAGACUUAAAAAAGAAAAUAAAUUAUUUGAUUGUCAUAAUAUACAAAACAUGACUCAAGCUCCUUAUUGCUGUUUGUUAUGAAGAGCAUAUUUCACACAGAUAGCUGACUAGAUUAAAAUGUUAAUUAAAAAUCUCUUUGCUCUUCAUAGGAAUGACACAAAAGAAGAUGUGUUUGUACAUCAGGUGAGUGCUUAAAUAUUGUAGCCAACACAAGUUUCUUAAACUAUAUAUUUGACCACUGAGGUAAUGUACUAUAAUGCAUAUAAUGUAGACAAUGCAAAUUAUGUCUUGCAGACUGCCAUCAAGAAAAACAACCCUAGAAAAUACCUUCGCAGUGUUGGAGAUGGAGAGACUGUGGAAUUCGAUGUAGUAGAAGGUGAAAAGGUGAAUUUUCUUAGAGGCUGAUGUUUGCAUAAAUCUUGUUUUAGUCAAACUGUAACUGUUCCUUCUGAAAUCAUAGAUGGCAUUUUCAUUCAGCCAUGCAACUACAAAUUCUUGGCAGGAAAAGAUCUGUUUAGUAGUCUGAGACAUUGGUGGGUGGGGGGGGGUGUUAAAUGUCACAAGGCUAACAUCAAUCAAAGGUGGAUUCACAGGCAUUUUGCAAGGAUGCAUUUUGUGUUUACUGUAACAUUGACAUAUCUGUAGAAAUGUUAAUCUUUGUCACAACAGACAUGUCGUUGAUAAAAUCAAAUCCAAAACAAACAUAUAAAUGAGUUAUAGAAUUGCAGUACUAAAGUCUGCAUGCUUUUAUUGGCAAUCAAUAUACUUCUCAGCAUCUUAUUAUGAAGAUGGUCAGUGUUGCUGUGAGCCUGAAACAUGCACAAUGCAUUACAACCUAAUCUGCUUGAAAAUUGAUUUAAUUUAGUUUUUGUAAACUUAUGCAUGGCAUACAUGCAGUGAAAACUGAUUCUUGAGUUUCUCACUCUUCAGACCAGGGAGAAACUCAACCAAUCUUCCUGUUCUAUUGGCAUUUAGAACACAAACUUUGUCCAACUGAAUAAUAUCCAGUACAACACUGUCUAUGGUGAAUCCUACUGGAGUUUUCCUAGAGCAAGCCCUCCCCCAUUUUUUUUUUUUUGUGAACUUGGAGAAUUAAUAUACACUACAAAGUUUGUCUUCUAUAAUUUGACUGUUGAAAUGUCAGUGAAUUACCUUUACUAAAUGACUCAAAAUAUGUAGUCAAAGUAGGGAGUACAGUCUUAUAAACCAUGCUUGACAUAAGUGUAGCUACCAUCAAAUCUCCCUCCCACAUCACUAGUGACAGCUGAGGGAGGAAUAUGUAAAGAUCACAGAUGGUAGAGAAGCACUUAAUUGCUUCCCCUGCUGUAACAAGACUGUACUAUGGCCUGUUUGUCAUUCAAAUAAAAUACUUUUGCAAUCUAUUUACUACUAUGCUUCUAUUGAUGCAAUACAAACCUGACCCUUAAUCUUCUUGCAGGGUGCAGAAGCAGCUAAUGUAACUGGCCCUGGUGGUGUUCCAGUCCAAGGCAGUAAAUAUGCAGCAGACCGUAAUCAUUAUAGGCGUUAUCCACGUCGUAGAGGUCCUUCACGUAACUACCAGCAGAAUUAUCCAAACAAUGAGGGUGGAGAGAAACCAGAAGAAGUUGAGAGUGCACCUGAAGGAGAAGGUCCUAAUCAGCAACGCCCAUUCCGUAGGCGGCGUUACCCACCAUACUACAUGCGAAGACCUUAUGGACGCAGACCACAGUAUUCAAAUAAUCCUGUCCCGGGUGAAGGAGUAGAGGUAUGAUUCUCCUGGUGCUAUGUCUUCUACAGUGACUUGUGGAUGUAGAAAUGUUUCUCCAUACCCCCACAAACUUAUUGAACCUGAUCUAUCUUGGCAUGACUUGCAACUUGAGUCAAUGUCUUGCUUUACUGACUCGUCAAACUUACAAAGAGUUUUAACUCUGGUCACUUUUCAUACCUUCUAGGUGGUAGAAAACCAAGGAGCAGGAGACCAAGGCAGACCAGGGCGACAAAAUAUGUACAGAGGAUUCAGACCAAGAUUCCGCAGGUAACUAUUGUUUCUCAUGCCAGAUCUGUGUGCUGUGUCUUUAAAAAAAAAAAAAGUACAUUCCCAAACUUUAUUUUUAUAUUUUUCCCAUAGGGGACCCCCUCGUCAGAGACAACCCAGAGAAGAUGGAAAUGAAGAAGAUAAAGAGAAUCAAGGGGAUGCUUCCCCGGGUCAGCAGCCACCUCAACGUCGGUACCGCCGCAACUUUAACUACAGACGCAGACGCCCAGAAAACCCUAAACCACAAGAUGGUAAAGAGACCAAGGCAGCCGAAACAUCAGCUGAGAACACGUCCGCUCCCGAGGCUGAGCAGGGCGGGGCUGAAUAAAUACCGGCUUACAUACUCUACCACCAUCCGGGUUAGUCGACUCUUAAACGUCAUUUAGUAACACUGUUAAAACUUCUAGUUGUAAAGUUUAAAAGAUGGAUGAGAUUUCAGAGUAGUCUUGCAGAUAUGGAACUCGUAUGGUUCAUUGGAUCUGAAGGCACGUUAUAAUUCUAAACUAACUUGAAUAAAUCUUUUUGGGUGCAAGUAAAAGUCUAUGCAAUAUUAAAUGUUCCCUCUUAUUUUUUUUUUCUUAGUUUUGUCAUCAGUCAAGAGUGAAAUUCCAGCAAUAAGAAAUGAACAAAGACAUUGGAACUGAAGACCUAAGUGCUUGCUUUUUGCUGUUGACCAGAUGUCAUCCUGCAUAGAAUCUUGCAGGAAUGACUUUUAUUUUUUAUCUAAAUUCUCCUUUUGGGAAUAGCAAUUUUUUAAAAGCAUAUUUUCACAAUGUACCUUCAAAGGUUUUUAAAUUGUUUCCUAUCUGGUCAAACUAAGAUUUUUAAGAACCUCAUUUUUAAUUUGUAAUAAACGUACACCUGAUUUUUCUUUUUUCCAACGUCAACAAAAUGCAAGCAUCUAUUAAUAAAGGUCUCAAUAUAAAUAAUGGUGUGGUUUGUGGUUUUUAAAGGGAUUUGUAUUGAC